GGGGUGUGGGUGUGGGUGUGGGUGUGGGUGUGCAUGUGGGUGUGGGUUUGGGUGUGGGUGUGAAUGUGUGCGGGUGAGGGUGUGGGUGUGGGUGUGGGUGUUAAUGAUGGAAAUACCCACACCCACACUCGCACCCACACCCGCACCCACACCCACACUCCACACACCCACAUCCACACCCACACCCACACCCACACCCAAACCCACACAUCCACAUCCACACCCGCACCCACACCCACAUCCACACACCCACAUCCACACCCACACAUCAUCCACACUCCACACCCACACUCACACCUACACGCACAUCCACAUCUACAUCCACAUCCGCACCCACACCCACACCCACAACCACACUCACACCCACCCCCACACCCAUACCCACACUCACACCCACACACCCACACCCAAACCCACACCCCACACAUCCACACCCACGCCCACACCCGCACCUCACACAUCCACACCCACACUCACACCCACACCCAUAUCCACACCCACAUCCGCACCCACACCCACACCCACAUCCAUACACCCACCCCCACAUCCACACCCACCCACACCCCACCCACUCACAUCCACAUACCCACAUCCACACAUCCACACCCACACCCACACUUACCCACCCACAAACCACACCCACCCACGCCCUUUUUGAUUAUCGUCUAUCCUCAUGUAAGCAGUUCGAAGUGUAACAUUACCAAGCAUUAUAAUAAUAAAAAAAAAACUACGUAACGAUUUCUAGAAUAAACUUUUCUGAUAAUCGUUUCGACAUGAGUUUGGCAUAUAAAUCAUGUCUGAUGCAUAUGCAAAAGGAAACAGAUAGUUUGCUUGAACGUGUCAUUUCAAAAAAGAAGAGGAUAAAUAGUCCGGCUAAUUUUUUUCUCAAAUCAUCAUUUCUUUCUUCAUCAUGAUCUCGUUCUACGUAGUAAUUCUAUGGCAAAUGCAAGCAAUGAUACAAUGUCAGUUUAACAUGUAUAAUACGGAUCAUUAUCUCGAUCCAUAUUGUCUUCUAUCAUAUGAUGCAUUUGAACUGCCACAUUAUAGUCAUUAUGUUCAUCGUGUUAGUGCCUACAUGCAUCAGGUUACUUCCUAUUGCUUCCGACGAUCGGAACAAAAUUAUUCGAUAUUAAUCACAGAUAUGGCAAAUCUCGUUGCUCGUCGUUGGACUUUUGCUGAAUUGAAAGACAUGAAUGUGACUAGUCAAAUGUUACUUUUAUGGUCAGCUACUACUGAUCUAGCUGAACAAUAUGCAAUAUUUCUGAUAAAUGUUUUACCAGCGGAGCAACGUUUCGGUGAUCUGAGUUGUCGCCGAUUUAAUGCAACAGAAUUGGGAAAUACAAGUUCAUACGACAAUUUGGAAGGAUUAAUUAUCAAUAUUAAAAAUCGCUUUCGUACAUGUUUAAAUACUAAAAGUGAAUUGCAUUCUUGUAAUUAUUCCAAUAUGUAUCAAUGUCAACAUUCGGCCAAAUGUAUUUCUCAACAACGUCUUCUUGAUGGGAUUCAAGAUUGUCCAUGGAAUGAUGAUGAACUAUUUAAUGAAAGUUGUUCACUUGCUGAUAUUCAUCAGCGUUUCCAGUGUUCAAAAGGAGAUGACAAAAAAUGUUUUGCUGCGUUAGUUGUUCGUGAUGGUAAGGACAAUUGCAAAAAUGGAGAUGAUGAAAGCUCAGAACAGACGCUGUUGAAAGAAUAUCACAUCUAUUUUCCAACGAUAUGCGAUGGAGAAGUCCAAUUAUUACCUGUCGACAUUAACGGUGAAAAUCAUACUGAUGAGACGAAUUGUCAAUAUUGGCCAUGUAAUAAUACAUACACCAGAUGUGACAAGUAUUGGGCGUGCAAAAACGGAGCUGAUGAAAUUCAUUGUCCACCGACAACUUGUCCGGACCUUCAACAUCGCUGUGUGUUUUUCAAUGAUACUUCAAAAGUCUCUUGUAUACCAACAAAUCGAACGGAUGAUGAUACGGAUGACUGCCUAGGAGGAACAGACGAACGAACAAAGUAUCGUGAAAUUGAAUUUGGAAAGUUUUCUGAACGUUUUCAUUGUCAGAAUGAUAUCAAAUCGAUUUCAUACAGUCGAAUCUGCGAUAGAAUCAUCGAUUGCAAAUAUCAUGAGGAUGAAACCUUUUGUCAGCAUUCUGGCUCUUCAAUGUAUCCAUUAUGUCGAUACGUAAACCAGUUUGCUUCAGCGAGUGUCGAGAAAUUUCUUUGUGAUGUUGGUAACACACGUUAUGUGGGAUCGUUGAAUUAUUUCAAGUUAUCCAAUAUGCCAACAUAUCCAUUUCAUUUUACUGCAGCUCGCAACAAUUUAGCUCAAUCGUUAAUGGAAACCCAAACUCGUGCCACGAGAGAAAACUUGAAAAUUAUUUCUACCACUGAACAAGCAUGGUGGUGUCACCGUGGUGUAUCCAUACGGGUUCGAAUGCAUGGAAAUCGCUCUCAUUUGACAUGUCUUUGUCCGCCUAGUUAUUAUGGAGAUCAAUGUCAAUAUCAAAAUCAACGUGUCAGUCUAACCGUUCAAGUUCGAGUUUCAUUGCAUUGGAAUGAUCAUUUCAUUUUCCUCAUUACUCUCAUUGACAAGAACCACACGAUUCACUCGCAUGAUUAUUUUGAAUAUUUAUCUGUGCGAGAUUGUCGAAGUAAAUUUAAUAUUUAUUUACUCUACUUAACAAGACCGAAAAAUGCAUCCCAAACACAUUCCGUACAAAUUAAGGCAUUUGAUCGAUUAACAUGGAGAUAUCGAGCUAGUUGGAUAUAUCCGUUGCAAUUUGCCUUUCUUCCUGUUCAACGGCUAUCCGUUUUACUUCGUAUUUCCUCAUCAAUUCCGAAAGACAUGGCGAACAGAUGUUGGCCACCCUGUAUUCAUGGUCAAUGUCAUUCCUAUAUCAAUCAUCCACGUUUAACAUUUUGCCAUUGCAGUUCUGGGUGGUCAGGUGCACAAUGUGAUAUUCAACAUCAAUGUGAUUGUAUCUCGGGUUCAUUAUGCAUUAGCAGAUCAAUUUGUUUGUGUCCAUUAGGUCAUUUUGGCUCUCGAUGCCAUCUCGCUGAAUAUUUCUGUCAUUCUCAACUAUGUCUAAAUGGUGGAUGGUGUAUACCUCGAGAUAUUCGUUAUAUCCAUUCGGAGCAGAAUAGAUGUGUUUGUCCGUUAGGUUAUGUCGGCAAUCGCUGUGAAUAUCGACAAAGAGAGACUGAAAUCGACAUCUCAUUUGAUCAUCGAGUACCUAUUCCAACAUGGUUAUUGAUUCAUUUCAUCGCCGUUCAAAAUAAUAAAAAACCUAAUCGAACAAGUAUAAUGAAAAAAGUUACAUUCGAUCAUACUUCAGUGACAUUCUAUACUACAACAUUUUUCAAUCUCGCUUUUGCACAAAUAAUCAAUAAUUAUUAUUUGAUUGUUCUACGUGAAAAAACAAUUUCUUUUGAAUAUCUAUCUACACAAAUCCAUCCAUCGUAUCGAUGUCGAUCUGUUGAUGAACUGUUCGAUCCAAUCUUUGCCAAAGAACAUUUAUUAAAACGUAUCAAAUAUUAUCAUCUACCAUGCCGAAAUCAUUUUGAACUGAAUUGUUUCUAUGAUGAUGUACAUUUUUGCUUAUGUACUCGUGAUCGACAAACCAAUUGUUUCGAAUUCAAUCAUAAUGUCACUUAUGAUUGUGAAGGAGAGAACUUUUGUGAAAAUCAAGGACAUUGUUUUCUUGAUGAUCAUUUAUGUCCAACAUCGUUCUCGUGUACCUGUGAUCGAUGUUAUUUCGGAUCAAGAUGUCAAUUCUCGAGCAUCGGAUCUACUCUUUCGUUAGAUAUUAUUUUGGGUUAUCACAUCCGCCAGAAUACUGAUCUUAGCCAACAGCGUACUAUUGUAAAAAUUUCGAUCAUAUUUACUGCAAUACUUUUUCUAUUCGGUUGUAUCAAUAGUUUACUUUGUUUCUGUACGUUUCGACGACAACAGGUACGUCAUGUUGGUUGUGGUCUUUAUCUUUAUGCAUCGUCCAUCAUUUCUAUCCUGACAAUUGUAUUCCUUACAUUAAAAUUCUCCUUUCUCUUAGCAUUACAAAUUGGUUCAAUUAAGAAUCGCACGUUUUUUCAUAUUCAGUGUCUAUCUAUUGACUUUCUUCUUCGAUUUUUACUCUGUACCUAUGAUUGGCUUAGUGCUUUUGUUGCCCUUGAACGGGCAGUCAAUGUCUUAAAAGGAGUGAACUUUAAUUCAACUAAGAGUAGACACAUGGCUAAAACGAUGAUCUUGAUAGCCAUCAUUUUCAAUAGUGCUAUUCACAUAUUUGAUCCACUUCAUCGCCGUUUGAUUUAUGACGAAGAUGAACGACGAACAUGGUGUGUGAGCAAAUAUUCAUCACCUGUGCAAAUAUUCGACUGGGUUGUGAAUUCCUUUCAUUCGUUCGUACCUUUCAUAAUUAAUUCAAUCUCACCUUUAAUUAUUAUUAUUGUCGUAGCUAGUACCCGUUCAAAAUCCAAGAAAACAAAAUCAUACAAGAAACAUUUAUGCGAACAAAUUCGAUACCAUAAACAUUUACUUAUCUCACCAGCUCUUCUUAUUGCAUCAACUGUUCCUCGUCUGAUUAUAUCAUUUGUAUCUGAAUGUAUGGAAUCAGCGCGAAAUUCAUGGUUCUAUCUCAUUGGUUAUUUCAUUUCUUUCAUUCCAUCAAUAAUGACAUUUGCGUUCUUUGUUCUCCCAUCGGAACUGUACAAACAAGAAUUCAAAAAAUCAAUCGGUUGGCAUUGAUCAUUAUUGAUUCGUACUCAUCAUAAAAUGUUGUAUGCUUUAUGUACACAGAGGGCUGGAAAGUUCUGAGAACUGAAAAACUUAUUGGUAGAAAAGAGGGUGUGGGUGUGGGUGUGGGUGUGGGUGUGGGUGUGGGUGUG